ACAUGAAGAUCACAGACAGCGUGUUACGAAGUUUCAGGGUCGCCAGGACAUAUCAAGAAAAUUCCCAGAAAGUCAACUGUGUGGACUUCAGCCCAAAUGGCGAAAAUGCAAUAUCAAGCAGCGACGACGACUGCAUUGUGUUAUAUGACAUCCGGGAAGGAAAACCACAAAGGACCCUGUUCAGCAAGAAGUAUGGAGUAGACCUCAUCCGCUACACACAUGGAGAUACCCAGACAGUGGUCUACAGCUCCAACAAACUGGAUGAUACCAUCCGAUACCUGUCACUCACUGACAACAAGUACAUUCGAUAUUUCCCAGGUCACACUGCAAGAGUUGUUGCUCUCUCCAUGUCACCAGUGGAUGAUACGUUUAUCUCAGGCUCGCUGGAUAAGACAAUCCGGAUCUGGGACCUGCGCUCUCCAAACUGUCAAGGUUUGACUAAUCCACUGGGGAAACCUGUAUGUUCCUUUGACCCUGAUGGGCUGAUAUUUGCUGCAGGGGUGGAAUCACAGGCCAUUAAAUUAUACGACCUCCGUGCUUUUGACAAGGGUCCCUUUGCCUCCUUUGAGAUGAGGUUUAAUCGUGCCUGUGACUGGACUGGACUCAAAUUCAGUAACGAUGGGAAACAGAUUCUCAUCUCCACCAAUGGAGGGAUGAUUCGCGUCCUGAAUGCUUUCAAUGGAUCUGUGCUGCACACUUUUUCUGGCUACAACAACAGUAAAGGCGUCUCCCUGGAGGCCUGCUUCACUCCCGACUCGCAGUUUGUCAUGAUUGGCUCAGAGGAUGGGAGAGUCCAUGUUUGGAGCACUGAGAGUGGGAUGAAGGUGGCUGUGCUGGAUGGGAAACAUCCAGGACCCAUCAACACUCUGCAGUUUAACCCCAGAUACAUGACGUUUGCUAGUGCCUGCACUAACAUGCUGGUGCUAGAUUCAUACAGAGAGCCAGCACAGAGCUGGGACAAGGACUACGAUCAGUUCCUGCUUCCUCUGCUCACGCCUCAGGAACCCUGCUACAUCCUCUACCGUCUGGACUCCCAGAAUGCACAGGGACACGAGUGGCUCUUCAUCGCCUGGUCACCUGACCAAUCGCCAGUGAGGCAGAAGAUGGUGUAUGCAGCCACCCGUGCCACACUGAAGAAAGAGUUUGGAGGAGGUCACAUUAAAGAUGAAAUGUUUGGCACAGUGGAGGAUGACCUGUGCUUCCAGGGAUACCUGCGACAAAUGUCCUCCUGCUCCUGCCCGGCUCCACUCACAGCAGCAGAGCAGGAAUUACAACGAAUUAAAGUCACAGAGGAUAAGGUUGUAUGGGAUGAACAUAGACGAAUUGGGACUCCAACAGCACGAGCGAGGGUUACAAUGGAGUUUGGCUUAGACAAAAGGGCACAGACUCUUCAAGGUCUUGCAUUCCCGCUACAAGAAGAGGCCAAACGAGCUCUGCACCAACUCAAGCAGAGACGCAUCAACUACAUACAGCUGCGGCUGGAUGUAGAGAAAGAGACCAUUGAGCUGGUUCACACCAAACCUACAGAGACCCAUGAGCUUCCCUACAGGGUUCCCACAGAUUCUCCCAGAUACCACUUCUUCAUCUUCAAACAUUCCCACCAGGGCCAGCGGCAGGAGGCGCUGGUGUUCAUAUAUUCGAUGCCUGGGUACAGCUGUAGUAUCAAGGAACGGAUGUUGUAUUCCAGCUGUAAGAACAGGCUACUGGAUGAGGUGGAGAGAGAAUACCAGCUGGAGGUCACCAAAAAGAUGGAGAUAGACAAUGGCGACGGCCUGACAGAAGACUUCCUGUAUGAGGAGGUCCACCCGAUGGAGCACACCUUAAAGCAGGCCUUUGCCAAGCCCCGCGGACCAGGAGGGAAGAGGGGCAACAAACGCCUCAUCAAGGGUGAAGGGGAGAACGGGGAAGAAAGUUAG